GCCCUAAAACAAUUUGUUAUGUGUUAUGGUUAUGACUGGGCACUGGCCAGUAGGGGCUCUGUUCUUUUUGCGUUCACUGCUCCGGGAUUGCCACAUGGCUCUGUUCUUUUUCUGUGUGCACUGCUUCCAAAUUGCCACACACAAGGUUGCUCGUGCGAUCUAGGCGAGAGGAAGUGAUGACGAUUUUGAGAACCAAAGACAUUUGCAGGACGCGCGCAUAACCGGGAAGCUCGGAUAUCCAGUGCUGAGAACAGCUCGCUUCUGAUUGUACGACUUCGUUUGUGUGUGUGUGCGUGUGUGUGUGUGUGUGUGUGUGUGUGUGUGUGUGUGUGUGUGUGUGAGAGAGAGAGAGAGAGAGAGAGAGAGAGAGAGAGANGUGUGUGUGUGUGUGUGUGUGUGUGUGUGUGUGUGUGUGUGUGUGAGAGAGAGAGAGAGAGAGAGAGAGAGAGAGAGAGAGAGAGAGAUGGGUGUGGAAGAGAACACGCAAUGGGAGGAUCUGAGGCGAGAGGCACGGAAACUGGAAGGGGAUCUGGACGUGAAGCUGUCUUCAUAUUCCAAGCUUGGAAGCAUGCUUUCCCAUGGAGGGGAGAUCGCAGCAGAGGGCUCAUGGAAGUCCAUGGAGAUGGAGAUUGAGGCUCUUCUAGAGAAACUUCAAGAUGUGAAUGAUGCAAUGAGCCGCUGUGUUGCCGGGACAACGUCGACAAUGUCCGUCAGCCAGAAGCUGGCUCGUCAUCGAGAUAUACUACAUGAAUACACACAAGAAUUUCGAAGGACGAGAGGUCAUAUAAAUUCGGCACGAGAGCAUGUGGAGCUUCUGUCGUCGGUGCGGAAUGACAUCAGCGAGUUUAAGUCUGAUGGCGCAAGCUCGUCUUUGAUGUCUAGCCUCUUGCGAGAGAGGGGAGCUAUUCAUGGGAAUUUGGCACAGCUGGAGGAUGUUAUUAACCAAGCUCAAGUCACGAAAAGCACACUCGCUCAGCAGCGGAUGACAUUCACGGAAAUCAGCUCGAGAAUGAGUGUGAUAGCUGACAAAUUGCCCAUGGUGCGCAGCCUUCUAGGUUUGAUCAAGAGGAAGAAGUCAAAGGACACUAUUAUCCUGUCGCUAGUCAUUGCAGCCUGCACCAUUUUUCUUAUCGUGUACUGGCUUUACAAGUGACAAUAUGUUAUAAGUCUGUCAAGCGUAUCGGUGGCUGCACCAUGCCAACUAACUUGGGGAUGGCUGUGAAGCACAAUUUUAUGUCCACUGCAUGGAGAACUCACAAGUCAGCUGCACGGAUAAAUAUCUUGAUAGGUCGCUGCAAUGAUUUUGUCACUCGACUGCUGCCACCAUGUGUGCAAGCUUAUGAGGUACAUAUCGAUCUUCACAACCAUCAUGUGUGCAAGCAAACAAGGUACAUAGGAAUCUUUGCAACUGUCGUGUGAGCAACCAUUUAACGUACAAAGGGCAACCAGUGAAGGUACAUAGGGGUCUUUCCAAGCAUCUCUCUCUCUCUCUCUCUCUCUCUCUCUCUCUCUCUCUCUCUCUCUCUCUCUCUCUCUCUCUCUCUCACACACACACACACACACACUCUCGCUCUCUGUCUCCCGCUCUCUCUCUCGCUCUCUCUCUCUUCCCCCCCCACCCCCAAUUGUUUAAUGCCUUCCGGCCUCCCCGUGCUCAGUGUACCUUUCGGUCUGUCCUUCCAACAGCUGCCUGCCCCUCUCUCUUCUGCUUGGCAUCAGACUACCGGUAGGCUCCUCGGCAAACUGCAGACGUAGUCCAAUAAAGGGGUUCAUAUGUUUCAGCGCUCCGUUAAUGAUGUGACUGGCUAUGUGCCAUGAUGGAUUCAUACUAAAUUGCAGUGGAUGCUACAUUAUCAGAGUGACCCAGGACCACUUGCCAGUCGCAACAUAGUUUUUUUAAUUUUUUUUUUUUUUUAUUUACUGGCUUGCCUAGCCGGGCUGCCCGGUUGGUAAUGCAGAGUGGAUGUUAUUUCUGCUCAGCCGUGGAAUUAGGAGGAUUAUCUAUGAGCGAUGAGCUCUCAUUGGUUUUGUGACCUCCAUGUCUGGGGGCUCCUAUGGACUAUUGUGUGUAGCACUGUGUACAUGUAAUGUUUGUAUUUUGUAGUACAGUCUUCCAUAAAGCCCAACAAGUUUUUCAUAGUCAAUUGACAAGUGAAUCCAAAAAUUAAAAAAAAAUGAAUACUGUAGUCAAAGAAAUUGGCAAACAAUCAGUGAAAACAUCAGCAAAGAAGUACAAAAAGAAAAAGCCUCAAUGAAAUCAAUUUACAUAU